CCGGUCGGGAUGGCGAUGCUGGCUGGGCGAGACGGGCAAUUGGGUGACCUGGGCACACCCACUUCCAACAUAACUGCGGCUCUACUCUCUCAAGAGACUGCAGAUGCUGCAUACAGGGGUCGUGGACACGGGGGUUCUCUCGCUCGGGAUUGGGGGUAACAAGACGCAGAGAACACCACCUCACACCACGCGCUUGGGCGGCCGUGAAGCGGGAAGCACCUGGAUUGGCCUUGCGUGGCCAGCUUGCGGGAUGAAUCCGGACGCUACAGAUCCAGCGAGCGUCACCUUACGCUUGGCAGGAGACGGGAGGUUUCGAAGCAUUCGAGACAGCGCUGCUAAUGAAAAUGGCACGGCGAUGCGACUGAAAGGGCCCCGCCCUCUUCCAGCGUCCCUACCUGGUUCCUUGCGGCCAGUUUCCAUGCGCGUGUCAGUUUUCAGGACACCUCUCAGCGUCCUAAUGGCAAAAGCGGCCCCCAUGGUGACCCCAGCAAGGUGUUUGUUUGGCAAUCUGGCCGUACUUUCGCACCGAACGGCGGCACCAAUACCUUUGGGUUCAGCAUCCCAUAAGAAAUCUGGUGUGGACGGGAGUGUGGUGUGGAAGCUGGGAUGGUCGACGCUAGCAAUGUGGUGUGGAGUGCAGCUUGCAGGUCUGGUGGGUGGCGGCUACUCCGUCCUGCACCUUGCCCGGCUUCCUGUCCGUCAAGCCAUCCGGGAUGUCUUAGCGUGGAGGGACCCCAUGUGAAUCCACCCUACCGUAAAAUGGGGCCAAGUUGAGAGAUCCUGGAUAUCUACUGUAGCGUUUGAAAAGGUGCAAAUACGUC